GAAAAAAGCAGAGGACAUUUUUUUUGUGAAGGAAAAAAAAAAAAGCAGAGGACAUUGAUACACUGAGUUUCUGACAAAGUUUUACAGGAAGCCUACUUGCGUAAAUCCAACCCCACUGAGAGAGAGCAGUUGCCGUGCUGAGUAGACAGACGACACCGUUCCAAAUCAUCUAUUUUUUUUUUGCAGUAAAUUCUUCCCCACGACCUCAUCCAUUUCUCCCUCCUCUCUCUGCAUUUCCCUCCUUUCUCUCUCUACACACGUACAGUGUUGAUGCCAUAAACGACUUCACAAACCCGCACUCAGAUUUAUAUUCUCUUUUACAGAGGCGCAAAAUGCCUGCAUUUCAUUAAUUCUCGUUCCUUACCCAAGGAAUCAUAUUCAUAUACUCUUCAACAUAAGACAACGUAGUUGGCCGUACACCAUGUCUACCAAGCGAUCUGCUGUAUCUGGAGCUCCCACUCCCACUAAAGUAUCAGUGGCAACUACUCGCGUGAGCAAGAGUAGCAGCAGGGGAGCAGCUAAAUCCAAUGCGGAUGCAGCUUCUCCCCUGCAAACUUCUCGUCUCUCAUCAGUUGAUCGCUCCCCAAGAUCUCUUCCGUCAAAGCCUGCACUCGACCGCCGCUCUCCCAAACUCACUACCCCGCCUGAAAAAAAGGCGACUCGUGUUUCAAAACCGUCUCAAGUUCAGCCUGAACUGGAUCUAGCUCAGGAGGAACUUAAGAAGGCUGAGGAGAAGCUGGUUUUGGUUCAAAAUGAAAAAGACAAGGCUCUUGAUGAAUUGAAAGAAGCCCGGAGAUUGGGCGAGGAAGCAAAUGAGAAGCUCCGGGAGGCAUUGAUUGCACAGAAACGAGCAGAAGAGAGUUCUGAGAUUGAAAAGUUUCGAGCAGUUGAGAUGGAGCAGGCAGGCAUUGAAGCUGCUCAAAGAAACGAGGAGGAGUGGCAGAAAGAGCUCGAAACGCUGAGGGAAAAGCAUGCAGUGGAUGUUGCUGCUCUUCUAUCUGCUACUGAGGAAAUUCAGAAGGUGAAGCAAGAACUAGCAUUGAUAAUUGAUGCAAAAGACCAGGCACUGCAGCAUGUACAAGAUGCAACAAAAAUAGCAGAGGCUCAUGCCCAAAAGGUCGAAGCUCUUUCAGCUGAGUUGGCCCAUAUGAAAUCUGUGCUUGAUUCUAGAGUAGAAAUGGAGGCUAGUGAGAACGAUAAAUUUGUAUCAGAAUUGAAAUCGGAGAUUGAUUCCCUGAACCAACAACUUGAAAAGGCUGAAAUGCUGGAGGAAAAAUUGGCAGAAAAAGAGGCUAUCUUAGAGCAACUUAAUGUUGACCUCGAGGCUGCAAAAAUGGCCGAAUCAUAUGCUCGUAAUCUAGUGGAUGAGUUGCAAGAAAAAGUUGAGGAAUUAGCAUCUCAAGCUGAGCAAGCAAAGAGAUUGGAGAGAUCUGCAUCAGAAUCACUGGAAUCUGUGAUAAAACAACUUGAAGGAAGUAAUGAUUCAUUGCAUGAUGCCGAAUCACAGAUUGGAUCACUUAAGGAGAAGGUUGUCUUGCUGGAAAUCUCUAUCGAAAGGCAGAAAAGGGAUCUAGAGGAGUCAGAUAUCCUCCUUGAACUCGCUAAAGAAGAAGCUUCCGAAAUGGCAAAGCAGGUUGAAUCUCUGAGGUCUGAGCUUGAGAUCUUAAAAGAAGAAAAAGCUCACUCUUUAAACAAUGAGAAGCUUGCAGCGGAAAAUGUCCAAACUCUGUUGGAAGAAAAAAACAAACUCAUCAACGAGUUGGGAAAUUCAAGAGAUGAAGAAGAAAAAACCAAGAGGGCAUUAGAAAGUCUAGCAUCAGCAUUACAUGAAGUUUCUUCAGAAGCAAGAGAUGCCAAAGAAAAGCUAUUGUCUUUUCAAGUCGAACAUGAAAACUAUGAAACACAGAUAGAGGAUCUGAAGCUGGUUCUGAAAGGAACAAACGAGAAGUAUGAAGGCAUGCUUGGUGAUGCCAAGCAAGAAAUUGAGGCUCUGACUAAUUCAAUCGAACAGUCCAAGCAUGAUGACCAGAACUUGAAAGCCGAGUGGGAGCAGAAGGAGCUUCAAUUGAUGAACUCUAUCAAGAAAUCUGAAGAGGAGAAAUCUUCUGUGGAAAGUGAAAUUAACAGGCUGGUUAAUCUGCUAAAAAUGGCGGAGGAAGAAGCUUGUGCCACGAGAGAGGAGGAGGAACGUUGGAAAAAUUUGUUCAAAGAAGCUGAGUCGGAAGCCAUUUACCUAAAGGAUGUCCUUGGUGAAGCAAAGGCUGAGAGCAUGAGAUUGAAAGAGGGCUUGAUGGACAGGGAAAAUGAAUUGCAGAAUAUUCUUCAGGAAAAUGAUGAGCUGCGGAAAAGAGAAGCUUCUUCUCUAAAGAAGAUUGAAGAGUUAUCUAAACUGCUUGAAGAAGCUCCGGCUAAGAAGCAUGGAGAGGAAAAUGGUGAGCUCACAGACAGUGAAAAAGAUUACGACAUGCUCCCAAAAGUGGUCGAAUUUUAUGAACAAAACGGCACUGGAGAGGUGAAGCCUAAGGUGGAAGACCAAUCUCAGGAGACAGAGCUACCAGCACCUGCAAAGGAGACACUACAUGAAGUUCAUGAUGUUAUUAAUGAUGAAUUUGUUCUGACAGCUUCAAAAAUGGAGAAUUCGAAUGGGGGAUUAAAAGAUAAUGAGUUAGAGAAGGACCAUGAGGAUGCUACAGAAGUUGAUCUUAAAAUGUGGGAUAGUUGCAACAUUGAAGAGAAAGACUACUCUCCAGAGAGAGAGACAGAGCAGGAAUCCUUCGAGGACGAAGUGGAACACAAAGCCGAGGGCACGGACAGCUACGAGCAGGGAAACGGUCAAUCAACAGACAAUCUUGACAAUGGCGGAAGCUCGCCAACGAAGCAAAACAGUCUGAAGAAGAAGAAGAAACCGUUGCUUCAUAAAUUUGGGAACCUGCUGAAGAAGAAGGGCACGACCAAUCAGAAGUAAUACAUCAACUACAUAUUAUGUUUCCUAUCUGCUUGGCCUUAGGAGGUAUACAGGAUAUUUCAUAUUGCAGUAUGAUUUGUGAAUGUUAUUUUAUUUUAUUUUUUUUUACAUUUUUUAAUCCUAUUUUGGCCCUCAUGGGGUCUGAAUAUGAAAGGCUUGUAUCAUUUUUAGAUUUUUUUUUUUUUUUUUUUUUUUUUUCUGUACCUAUCUCACAACGUGAUUAGCCAUGAGUCUUGUGUGUGAAUUUGUUUUUUCAAACUCGUGUUUAUUAAAUCUCAUCAAAGAAGGAUUAUUUUUGUA